GGUACCAAGGCGAGGCGUGACGUCGAUGUUUCCGGAAGAGGAGGUAAUGCCCCCCUCCGAGGACCGGAAGCGGUUUUUUGGAGCUGACUCCGGGCCGAGCCGGGAAGGCCUGGAGAGGUGGUUGCGGUGAGGGAGUUGGGAAGGUUGUUGCGGAAGUCGGACAUUGCUGAUGGAUGAGCUAGUACAUGAUUUGGCCUCAGCUCUUGAGCAGACAUCUGAACAGAACAAACUGGAUGAAUUAUGGGAAGAAAUGACUCUGAGCCCAAGACAGCAGCGGCGGCAGCUUCGUAAGAGACGGGGACGCAAACGGCGUUCAGACCUCACACACCAAGCGGAACAUGCUUGCUGCUAUAGCGGGGCCUCAGAAUCCAGCCUGGAAGAAGUUGUGGAAGACUGCCGGGAAGUGCUAACUGCUUAUUUUAGUGACUCGGAUGACAUGGCAGUAGCCAAACAUCAUCCAACUCUCAGCACAGCUCUCAAGAAUAAGCAGCACUCAUGGCAUGAAUCAGACUCCUUCACUGAGAAUGCACCUUGCCGACCCCUACGGCGCCGUCGAAAAGUUAAGCGUGUGACAUCAGAGGUGGCAGCUAGUCUUCAGCAGAAACUCAGAGUAUCAGAGUGGACUUAUGAGAAGGGUUGCAGAUUCAAAUCUGCUAAAAAGCAGCGCCUGUCCCGUUGGAAGGAGAAUGCUCCCUGGACAUCAACUGGCCGGGGACUCCGUGAGUCAGCAGAGACCAGGGCCUUCCUCGGCAAGGGGGGAAGGAAUGAAAGGAUGGAGUGUGAAGCAGAUGAACAAAAACAGGGUUCUGAUGAAAACAUGUCAGAAUGUGAAACCAGCAGUGUCUGCAGCAGCAGUGACCCUGGCCUUUUCACCAAUGACGAAGGUCGCCAAGGUGAUGAUGAGCAGAGUGAUUGGUUCUAUGAGGGUGAAUGUGUCUCAGGAUUCACAGUCCCCAACCUUUUGCCCAAGUGGGGACCUGACCGCCAGUCUGAUAUGGAACGAAUGGACUCGAGCCUUGAAAAAAUCUCAGAGCCCACAUUCCUUCUGCCCUCUCGGCCUGUUACAAGAGGAUUUCACCCCCGUUUGAACCGUCUUCCCAGUGUUGCUACCCGCUGUCUUAGGAAGGGCCGUAGAAGGCUGGUUAGCAAGGAGACCAUCAUGAGUGCAAUGGGUACUGAGAGGAUUAGCCACAUCAUUGGUGAUUCCUGCCAAAAAGAAAAGAACAAAGUGCUGGCUUCCAAUUUCUUCCACAUUGCAGCCUGGGUGCAAGAGUUCAAUCCAUUAUCUCCACUGUAUUCCUUGGAUGUUCUUGCUGAUGCUUCACACCGAAGGUGCUCACCGGCACGCUGCUCAGCCAGGCAGACUAAUAUACAUCUGGGACCGCCAUGCUCAAGGGACAUCAAGAGAAAACGCAAACCAGUCAUGGCAACAGCCUCACUUUCCAGCCCCACCUCAGCAGCUUUAUCUAUCCACAUAGAUGCAUCAGACCCUGAUCCACCUGUGACCCACCAGAACUGACUGUGGAGCCAGAAUCCAUCCAUCAUCAGAAAGCGUCAUCACUACCACUUCCAACAGCUUUUUAAAAAAAUGCCCUAUGAGACGGUACUAAAAGCAGGCAAUUCUUCUGUUAGCAACUAGUUCUGUUUUUAUCUGUUGGACUUCAGCGUAUAUCACAAUUUUUAUCAGAUGCCUUGACUGGCAAUAAACGUCUCUCAGUAUUAGUAUGUGAUAUGUCAAUAUUACCUGAUUACUCAAUGUAUCCUGCAAAUCAUGUUUAUAUAAAAAUGCAAAUAUAAUCAGUGUCGAGAUUUCUAUACUAGUAAUGUUCUGAUUGGUGUGCAAAUAGUUAUUGCACACUCUUGCUUUCAAAGCCAACAAAGAAUGUGGAUAUGUGCAAAAUGUUAUUGUUUAUUGCAAAUGCUUGCUUUUGUUACCAACCUCUUCAUACAAGUAUCAAUUGUAGUAGAGUUUCUGUAUUAAACAGGGAAACAUUACAGUA